AUGUGGUCGACUACCGCUUCCUGGGUAGCGCUUCUUGCGCUAACUGCGGCCCUUACAAGAUACUAUAAUCCGGAGCUGUUCAACAAAAUCACGGGACAAGCUCUCACUAGACCAGAGACAAAAGAUCAGGCACAGAAACCAACUGCCAAGCGCCUGAAAACCAAGCGGGUACAUACCAGCCGGCCUGAUACUACGAACAGCGGUGCUUCAACGAGUACUACAGAGGGCAAAGCAACUAAGAGGAGGAAACUAGUAUCUGCGCCAGUUGAUGACAGAGUGGCUAUUGCAACCACAGCGGGACACCAGGUUAGCCUACCGCGAGAUGAGGAUGGCAGCAUGAGUAAUGCGGAGUUUGCCCAGCAACUGGCCAAAGCCCAGGCGGGCACGAAGCUGGAGACCCCUCAGUCGCAGACCUCAAACAAGAAAGGACGACAUGCUGCUAAGCAGGUGGCGCAAGGGAAACAAGCCAACUUGAGGCACUCUGGUCUCUCGACCGAGAAUUCCUCCACUACCGGCAGGGACGCGGAUGAUGAUCUUUCACCCGUUGGGUCACCCUCGAUCGGCCCCAUCUCGACCGCUCCUACUUCACGUGCAGGAGACGUGUCAGACAUGCUAGAGGCACCAGCUGCCAAACCGACAACUCUCAGGUUAACAGACGUCAAGGAAAGCGGCCCCAAAAGCGGCCCCAAGCCGGUCUCCAAGGCAUUCGAGCCAGUGUUGUCGAAGAAACAGAGACAGCGACAGGCCAAAGCGGCCGAACAGAAGGCACUGAGAGAGGAAGCCGACCGUAUACAUGAGGCUAAGAAACAGCAACAACUCCGAACGGCGAGACUGGCAGAAGGCACCUCUAAUCAAAACAAAGCGAAUUCAUUUACCGCGAAGCAAAACGCAUGGCAGGCUCCCAAUCGAAGUCCACAGAAGACCGUCCAGGAGCCACCCAACGCAGAGGUUGCACCGCUUCUGGAUACUUUCGAUGCUGGGGCGACAUCGUCCGUUAAAUCCAAAGUACCAAAUGGCGCAGUCAUCACCGAGCCGCUCUCAGAUAUCACCAAUUCGGCGACUGAAACAGCCAAUACCAAUGCGAUUCGACAAGAGGUCGGCAAAAAGGAAACCGAUGCUUUAGCUGUUUCCAACCGAGAAAGAUUGUCGAGACCUGUGUUACAGGCCCAGCCAAGCUGGGCUGACGAGGUUAACGAGGAGGAGCAGGACAAGUGGGCGACCGAGCUUGCGAAAGAAGAAAAGUGGGAGUCGGUCACUUCAAAGAAAGGGAAGAAGAAGGCGAAGAAGGACAACGACACUAGCAGCGAGGCCAGCUCUUCCUUUGUGCGACCAUCAACGGCAACACUUAGCAAGUCAGUCCCCGUUAGCAGCAAAGAGAACGGAGCGAAGCCGAGGAUCGAGAAGGCCAACCGAUUCCAGUCCAUCGAACCGGUGCUGGAUCCAUCAUUCAAGGAUGCGGAAUGGGAGGCUUGA